UAGGGGUGGGGGGAGUACGGUGGCCGCGGGGUAGCGACCGUAGGGCGGCCGGUCGCGGGUCCGCCAUGGGCAACCUGUUCGUCCGCAAGAAACAGAGCCGGGUCACGGAGCAAGACAAAGCCAUCUUGCAACUGAAGCAGCAGCGGGACAAGCUGAGGCAGUACCAGAAGAGGGUCACGCAGCAGCUGGAGCGUGAGCGGGCACUGGCGAGGCAGCUGCUGCGGGACGGCAGAAAGGAACGGGCCAAGCUGCUGCUUAAGAAGAAGCGGUACCGGGAGCAGCUCCUGGACCGGACAGAGAACCAGAUCAGCAGCCUGGAGGCCAUGGUUCAGAGCAUUGAGUUCACCCAGAUUGAGAUGAAGGUGAUGGAGGGGCUGCAGGUGGGGAACGAGUGUCUGAACAAGAUGCAUCAGGUGAUGUCCAUUGAGGAGGUGGAGAGGAUCCUGGACGAGACACAGGAGGCUGUGGAAUACCAGAGGCAAAUAGAUGAGCUGUUGGCUGGAAGCUUCACGCAGGAAGAUGAGGAUGCCAUCCUAGAGGAGCUGAAUGCAAUCACUCAGGAACAAAUAGAGCUCCCAGAGGUUCCUUCAGAGCCCCUUCCUGAGAUGCAUCCAGAAAAAGCCCCUGUCAAGGUCAAGACCAGGCAGGCAAACCUGGUGGCAGCCUUCUAACUCGGCCGCUUGCAGGACUUGAGGGACUCCCCAGUGACUGGCCCACAGAGAGUCGGUGUGGCGGCCAGCGUGGACUGCUGCAGGGCGGAGCUCCAGCUCACACGGGGCUCGUGCAUCGAGACGACUCAGAAACAGCUCUUACUGUUCAGUCUGAACGUGCUGGCGUGGCUGUCUCACUCUCGUUUCUGGAUUAAACGGCAACGUGCAAAUAAUCUUCAGCCCAGCCUGGCUCUUGGAGGCCAUGGUUUCCACAGUGGCCGCGGCAUGGACCUACUGCUCCUGGUGCUGUUCACUGCCGCCCUAGCCCCCAGUGGCAUGUGGUCCCCCAAGGGGAAAGUGCCAGCCAGCCUUGGGGUUCCUGUGCUUCUUUUUCACUUAGUUGUUACUCCCAUUAAGUGGUGAUGGGCUUCAGUUAAAGGGUCCCUGCCAUGCCUGGCAUCAGUUUCCCUGUAGGUUAGAGCCAGAACUCUUGGGAACUAGCAUUUGCUGACCCUCCCAGCACCUCUGCCAAGGCACCCAGACUCAAGCUUCUGCUGUUUGGAAGGUAUUUUGGAGAUGGGCCAGAGGCCACCCCUGCUGGGUCAGUAACCACAGGAGUCCUGACUGCACCCUGUCCCUGUGGGCCUGUGCACUGGGGCUUGACCCUGCUGAGAAAGGACAUCUGAAGGAAGAUCCAGCUCUAACAGGUGUGGCCCCAUGGUGUGCCCCUGGGAGUGCCACACCUCCUGUCCACCAGCUCCUGCGCCGACAACAGCCAGGGCAGGAGGCACAGAGCCCGGAAGCGACUCCUCGCGCAUGACAUUUGUUUUAUUGUCGGACAAUCUCACUGGUGUCUUGCUGACCUGUGAGCAGCACGAGAUCAGCAGCCCAGGAGAGCCCUAGGCACCUCCAGGGCAACCAGGAACAGGAGAGUCUCUUCCUUAUCCCAGACAGGUCGACCUGUGUAUUAAAGUUGGCCCUGCAUGGCCUGUGGCCUUGUGGA